AUGCUCGCGUCGGAGUCUCGAGGUGAUCUUCAAAAACAAGUACAGUCUUGGAAGGAUCGGCUGCAGAAAUAUGAAUUGCGCCUCAACACGUCAAAAACUGAGUACAUGGAGUGCGGAUCAAGGAUAGAGGAUGGUUCAAUUCGUGUCGAUGGCACCGAAUUAAACAAGGUGAACUGUUUCAAAUACCUUGGAUCCAAAGUGACUUCCACAGGCGACAUUGAUCAAAAAAGUCGAGCACGUGUUAAUGCGGCAUGGAUGAAAUGGAAAAUGGCAACAGGCGUACUGUGCGACAGGAAAGUCCCUUUUCGAAUGAAGUCGAAGAUCUACAGGACGGUUGUGCGUCCUGUUGCCCUUUACGGAUGCGAGUGCUGGCCGACGAUGAAAGCCUUGGAAAGAGUGUUACACGCUAUGGAGAUGCGGAUGUUAAGAUGGACAAUAGGUGUAACGCUAAAAGAGAAAAUAUCCAACGACACUGUCCGCUCCAUCUUCGGCGUCGUCCCGAUAACUGAGAAGAUGAAGGAGGCCCGACUGAGAUGGUUCGGUCACGUCUUGCGGGGAGAGGAAGAUUCUGUGGCCAAAACCGCACUGAAGCUCGACGUUUCAGGAAUGAGGCCGCGUGAGAGGCCAAAGAUUCGCUGGUUAGACCGUGUGAAACUGAAUAUGAUAGAUGCGCGUUUAUGUACGGCUGAUGCAAUGGAUAGAACCAAAUGGAAGACAAGAAGCAGAAAGGCGGAUCCUGCAACAACGCGGGACAAACGCUAG